AAAGGAGAAAAGAGAGGGAAGGGAGGGGGUGGAAGGGUUGAUAGGAGGUAAGGGAGAGGAGAUUAAAGGAUAAGUUCACCUUUUGGACAAAAAUAAUAAAUGCACAUUUUUUUGCAGGUAAAAAAGUGUGCAUUUAUUAUUUUUGUCCAAAGGAGCCUGGAAAGCAUUGCACCAGUGAUCAAUAGAUCGCUGAUGGCAUGCAGGUCUCCUGAAGGCCUGUCAGUAUAUCUGCUUGCAGUACUGGAUGUACAGUCAAUCAGAUAUUCUGACAGGAAGCUUCAAUGAACUACCAUGGCGCUC